AUGAGUGGAGAAAUUGAAGAACAGGCAUUGAAUGUCUUCAAGGAUUAUGCAAAAUGCGACUUGAUUCCUUACGAAUCUGUUGGAGAUGCUCUCCGGCAGACGACAAUUGUUGCUACUGAUACGCUUAUCAAUUCGUUUUUGAACAAGAUUCAUGGCGAUGAUGAAGAAAAGGACAUCGAUCCAGAGACAGAAACUUCAGUCAAAGAUGAAAGCGCGCCAAGUGAAGGCAUCUCAAGUACAUCCGUCGACAAAGCCUACAAUGCAAAGGGAAUCACUUUCGAAGAGUUCAUGGAGUUGAUCCUUUUUACGGCGGAUAAACAACCAACUGAGGAGCAGCUCUAUGCAGCGCUCAAGCCACUGGAAGAGCCAAAAGUUUACGAGUCUGGAGAAAUCGGUUAUCUCAUCAAAGGAGAGAAUCUUCGAGAGUUUCUUCAAGACUUUGGCGAUUUCCUGACCGAUGAAGAUAUCAAAGAUUUCAUGGACGAGUUCGACACAAUGAAGCAAGACGAAUUCUACAUCGACGACCUUGUCAUGGCUCUUAUGAAUCCCGACGUAUGA